AGUGUAAAAGUUGAAGAGACAUAGGCAUUUGCCGAGUUUACACACAGUCGAGCAGGCGGUGGUCGUUGGAGAGAAGCUUUCUCGCGGGAUACCCUCAUUCUAAUAUCCUCUCGUUCGUUUCAUUUUGAUUAUUGGUUUUUUAAUCAUUUUCUAAUAAUGUCUAAAGCUGAUGAAAAUGAUGCUAAUCUCACAGAAAAUGGAGUUCACAAAUCGAGAUCAGACUCAGAGAUAAAUUCCCAUACAUCAUCAAUUCAUAAAUCCUCAAGUCAACAUCGCCGGUUAUUCAUUGAUGAUAUUUCAACUAUUGAAGCAUCUGCUGGUGAUCGCGUCUGGGCAACAUGUUCUGGUGCUGGAGACGCCACUGAACUCAUCACAAUUCACUUUCUAGGCGAUCAAUUUGAAGAGAGUGCAAUUGAUGUUGUUAGGAAACAUUCGCUUGUAAUGUUCACAGUCCCUUCUCUGAAAGUAGACUCAGAAUUGGAAGUGGAGCUCAGAUUUUCAACUUCAAAUGAUAAUGUGACAACGAUUUCUUUCAAAUACUUGCCACGAAAAAUCCAACGUUCGCAUACUCAGGAAAUAUCGCUUUUUGACAAUUUACUUGAAUUUGCCACCAACGGAGACACAAUUUCAUUACUUCAGCCUUUUGUAGCACAAAUUUCAAAACAAGAUAUUGAAGGAAAUACAGUAUUCCAUGUGGCAGCGAAGAAUGGGCAGAGCUUCUCAUUAAAGCUUCUACUUUCAGUGAUUCCACCCGAUAUUAAAAAUGAAGUGAUAAAUGUACAAAACACACAUGGUCUUACUGCACUACAUGUAGCUAUAAGGACUGGAGAUCCCGAUGCUGUUCAUUAUCUCAUGAAUCAUGGAGCCAAAAUUGACAUAUCAGAUAAUCAUGGGAGCACAGCUCUACAUUAUCUUGGAGAUGCAUACAAUGAAUCAAUUUUCAAAGAAAUAUUAGAACCAUCUAGAGGUCAACGGUUUGAUGUGAAUCAGCUGAAUUCGGAGGGAUUUGCACCGAUUCACGUGGCAGUAAGAAGGUUGAAGCUGUCGUUGAUUGAGAUGCUCAUUGAAGCGGGAGCAUUGAUUGAUUUUUUGGAUACUGAAAAGAAAAGAAAUGCGUUGAUGCACGCAAUUGAAAUGAAUGAUUUUGAGACUAUUCAGCUUUUGGUUGAGAGAGGAUCAGGAACAAAUAUAGAAGAUGAAUCUGGAGAGACUGCAUUGAGCUUGGCUGUAAAAAACGUUAACUAUCCAGUGAUUGGCCUUCUUUUAGAUAAUGGAGCUGAUCCGAAUAGACAAAAUUCUAAAGGAAUAUGCUUGGCAGAUAGUGAAGAUAGUGUUAUUCAAAACAUUAUAAAUGGAGAUAGACCCGAACUACCCAAGAAAGAAGCUUUUGGUGUUCCUAAUGAUUUAGCUAUUUCUAGAUCUCCCUUAUUUGGGAGAUCUCAUCCAGAUCAGGCUCCAGGUGAAGAGAGUGGGCGGCACAGAGUUGUGAAGAGAUCUAGAGAAGAAAUAUUAAAUGACGCUCAAACUCUUCUCGCUGAAACUGACUCCAUGGCUCCACGUGUUUCGAGAAUAUCCACAUCUGAAUCUGAAGAUGAGCAACAGCCGGGACCCUCAACAUCGUCGGGAACACGAAGGCGUCGAAGUGAAUGGGAUCGGAAUCCGAAGCUUAGUGAUUCGGUCUGCAAUUUAGAUUAUUUGACCCGAAUUCGCGUUGCAAAAAUAUUUGAUGAUCAGUGCAAAUGGCAAAGAUUGGCACAACAACUCAAUUGUGAUCACAUGGUGGAACUUAUUUCUAUUUGCUCAUCGGGAGACGAUUCAAGCCCGACUAUGAUUCUUUUGGACCAAUUUGAACAACUUGAAGACUCAUCAAUUUCCCGAUUGCGCGAUGCUAUGAAUCAAAUGGCAGAAGAUGAUGCAGUUAAAUUAAUUGAUUCCCGUUAUGUUUACUGAAUAUCGCAGAAUUGUUUUUAUUUAUUUUGUUUUCAGUAAUAAAACUUUACCAUGCAUCCUG